CGCGGCGCGCUACUUAUCCCCGGCCUCUCCGCCCUGAGCCGCCUUGGUUUUCGCUCUGGUCCCCGGCCACCACGCCGCGCCGCCCCUGCUCCACCUCGCCCCUCCAAAGCAGUCCUCCUCCUCGUACCAGCGCAUAGAUCCUUCUCCGCCAGCCAGCGCGGCGGGGCCAUGGGCCGGCGCAGGUUCCGGCUCGCCGACAUGAUGCCCAACUCCUGGUUCUACAAGCUCCGCGGCAUGCGCCGCGCGCGGGGCCACGCGGGCGGGGCCGCGAGCGCAAUGCCGCCGCCACCGUCGCCGUCGCCGUCGCCGCGGACGGCGAGGGCCGCGUCGUCUCCGCGGCGCGGGCCCGCGGCGCUCCCGCACAGGACGUCGUACUACUACCCCACCCGGGACCGGGAGCUCCCGGCCCCGCGGCCGAGGCCCGCCGCCGACACGGAGGAGGAUCGUGAGCUCCCCCACCUGGAAUCUCCUCACACCUACUGCCCCUCCAGCGCCGGCCUGGAGGCUUUGGGCGCCGUGGUGCGCGACGCUCCCCAGCGCCGGCGGGACAUGUACGUGGGGCGCGACGGCAGCGACGACGACGACGAGGUCCGCAGGCCGACGGUGACCGCGCCAUCGGAGGACAGCCUGAGCGGCGGCGGCAAGGUGAUAGCUUCGGACACGGACAUCGUCAUCGACCUCCGUGGCGAGGGCACCGCCGAGCGGGUGCUCCGGUCGAUCGUGACCAAGCCGGCGAGAAGGGAGGUGGUCCGGUACGAGCUGAAGGACUGGCACGUCGACGGCGGCGAGGCGACGCCGAGAGCCAGCUCUGCCUCGGAGCAGGGCAGCAGGGGCCACCCGAGGCGGUCGUCCGUCUCCACGGGGUGCCGCCUCAGGACGCGCGUCAACACCCCGCGGCUGGCGUCCGCCAGAACCAGGAAGAGCAAGCCGGCGACGCCGCCAGCGUCGCCGCGGAAGAAGACGACGCCAGCGCCCCCGCCCCCGCCGCCGCUCGCGGAGAGCUUCGCGGUGGUGAAGGCGUCGGCCGACCCGAGGCGCGACUUCCGCGAGUCGAUGGAGGAGAUGAUCGCGGAGAAGGGCAUCCGCGACGCGGCCGACCUGGAGGACCUGCUGGCCUGCUACCUCGCCCUCAACGCCGCCGAGCACCACGACCUCAUCGUCGAGGUGUUCGAGCAGAUCUGGGCGGGCCUCGCCGCCGGCGCCUACCCGUGAUGAGCGAAAGACGACGACGGCCAUGGAUGAGGUCGUCACGUCACGUCACCCCGUCGUGCUCCGGCUGCAUGCUCGAUCAGUAUGCGUCCAUUCCCAGCCGCGGAUUAACUAGCAUUAGUUCUUGACUCGUUGUUAAUUAAAUUAAUGGCCGCAAUGAGAAAGAAGUUAAAUAAAUCUUGGCUCGAUCCGCGAAAGGUUUGGUUCUUU